AGCUCCCGGUCACUAUCGUUUUGAAGACGAGAAGAAGACGACAAGGCGCCCGUGAUGCGACUUGAAAGUUCGCAAGUUGUCCGAACUAACGUGCGUGUUUGGACGCUUGCUAACGUCAUGGAAAGCAACAAAGCCAUUUUGAGCGUCCCCGCUUAUGGUCACGUCAUCGCCAGCGAGAAGUGGAGCAAGUCGUCGCUUAUUCAAAACUUGAAAGGCGGAGGCGUGACCGUCCUGUUGGAGAGCGAGCCGGGCGUGGCCGACUUCCUCCUCCCCGACGACAGCCGCGUCCUCUACCUUUCCGAGCGCGACAUCGUCGCGGGCGCCGCCUACAAGCGGAAGCUGGUCCGUUUCAGGAAGGACUGCGGCAGCUUCCGGAGGCUGGUCCUGGUGGAGAACACGGGCCCGGUCCGGCGGGACUUCUGGGCCGUGCAGAAGUCGGCGGCGUUGGAGCUGGGCCUGACGCUGCUGCCGGUCGGCGGGCAGACGGAAGCCUCGCGGCUCCUCCUGCAAAUGGUUCACGCGGACGGCAAGGAGAACCCGUUGAGAAGGAGGAGCCGGUCCGGACCGCGGGACGCGCCGGUCUUGGCCGCGGUGCGGCGGGUUCCCGGGGUGGGCCGGGUCAAAGCUCCGGCCCUGUUGGAGCGCUUCUCCAGCAUCCGUCAGCUGUGCAACGCCACCGUCGCGGAGCUGGAAGCCGCGGUGGGCCGGGCCGCCGCGCUAAACAUCCACGCGUUCUUCCACGAGACAUGAUUGUCGGCGUCUUUCGCUGGCAAAAGGCGUAGUAAUUAUGGAUUUGAAGAAACGGGGCACCAGUUCGUUCAUAAAAGAAGGAAAACUAUUAAUGUACAGUUCUUUUUUUGUUGUCACUUGUAUAUCAUGGACAAAUUCCUGUUUCCUUAAGCCGGGCGUUGUCAGUCGUCGUCGUCGUCGUCCAGAGGCCACCUCCACUUUGACGUCAAACUUAAUGUUUUUUUGCCCUUUUGAUUGAAUGCAAAACAUGACGAGAAAAUCUUGAGAUUGAAUGCGUAAUACUCCCCACCACCCCAAUGUCUCGCGUAUAAUCGAGUGUGAAAUUGGCAUUGAGUUAUACUGAGCAGCCAGGCCCUUUCCAACGUGGCAAGAUCUAUUUCCUGUUUUAUGGUUAUCGUCACAUCUUUCCUCUUUGCCGUCACUCGUACCUCACCGUGGUGCCAUUACAAGAAGCAAAUCCUGAACCAUAAAUACCGGUACUCGGUGACAUUUAAGUCUUUCGAGAUUUGCACAAGUCAAAUGGGACUUCAUGCAGACUGAUGCUUUUGUUUGUGCUUUUAAAGCAUUUAAACAUAGGUUUAAUGCCUGUGACAAACAAAAACACAGCUGUGUUUAGCCAGUGAGUGUAAAACAUUUAAUGACGCCGGCUCACAUAAGUAUGACUUUUGUUCAGCUGCCCAGAGGAAAGUCUCGGCACCAGCUCAGGCUGCUGCUCCCGGUCCUAUUGGAUCUCAUAAGAAUGUGUGAAUCAUUUCUGCUCCCAUUGAACACCCCCAUUACCUCUGUGAUUGGUUCAUUCUGGAUGAUGUAGCAAACAUACAAAGUGUUUCCUGACACCUCUAAUCAACACUGAUCAAUAGAUUCCUUCAGCUAUGUAUAUUACAGUGUGAAAGGCCACAGCGGUUUCCACUUUUGUCCCAGUGGGGGGGGGGGAACCAAAAAGAGAUCAUUAACGCUGUGCUGCGAAAGUGGGACUAAAAACGGCCUCUGUCCUGCUAGACGGUUUAACAUCCGCACGUCUGGAUUUGACAAAAGAGAUUUGAUUUAAAUUUCAAUUCCGAUGAACAUUUUGAAUGGUCACCUUAAAUGUACUGUACAUAUGUAAUCUCAACUAUCACUUAAAAUCAAUUGGACUCUGAGAUAGACACUCAACAUUCAGCCCCUUGUUGGAGAACAGGACAUGGACAUGUGCAUUCAAAAGCUUACAGACGGUCAAAUUAAAUUGACUUGUAAAGGUCAUUGUACAUUUCAGGUUCAUCUUGGAAUUUCACCCAAGCCUGAAUAUCUUUGUGAGUCGUGUUUAAAUUACGGCAUAUACAGAAGUGGUAAGAUUAUCUUUGAUUUUGCCACCCACGCAGCGAUAAAAACUCGACUCCAAACAUUGCACAAAGGGGACGGGGAGGACACUUUGCGCAAGGCCACGAUCGACAUGCGGUCUCAUCCACCUCAUUUGGUCAAAUGGGGUCCUAUGUAUUGUAUGUACUGUGUCCCAAGGGGUUUUGAGGUUACUUCUGGAUCCAGAUAAUCUUGUCUGGCUCUGUAGAAAAAAUUACUGUAUUGUUUUUCAGGCUGCUAAGCAUUUGUAUGGUUCUAAAAUCAUUUCAAGUAAGUGAUCUUCCUGCAUUCUGCUCAAUUCUACAGAUUAAAACCUUGGCUCUUCUUUUA